GGAGGGAGGCACAAAGGAGUCGCUGGGUGGAGCAGGGAGGGGAGAGGCGGGGGGAGGAGAAGGACUAGGAGAGGGCCAGCCGCGCACAGCGUCCCCCGCGGCUCAGUCGGACCGCGGCGAGCGAGCUGGCAGACGCGCCGCCCCCUCCCCCGCCCGGCCUCCCCAAUUCCGCGGCCGCGAAGCAAAGUUUGCGAAGAGGCGCGGGAGGCGGCGGCGGGGAAGGCGUGCGGUCCCGGGCUGCGGGCGGGGGGGGGCGGCGCGCGGGAGCCGGGCGGCGGCGGCCAGCAUGCGGCCCCGCAGCGCCCUGCCCCGCCUGCUGCUGCCGCUGCUGCUGCUGCCCGCCGCCGCGCCCGCGCAGUUUCACGGGGAGAAGGGCAUCUCCAUCCCGGACCACGGCUUCUGCCAGCCUAUCUCCAUCCCACUGUGCACCGACAUCGCCUACAACCAGACCAUCAUGCCCAACCUUCUGGGCCACACGAACCAGGAAGACGCGGGCCUGGAGGUGCACCAGUUCUACCCAUUGGUGAAGGUGCAGUGCUCGCCCGAACUGCGAUUCUUCUUGUGCUCCAUGUACGCGCCCGUGUGCACGGUGCUGGAGCAGGCCAUCCCGCCGUGCCGUUCCAUCUGCGAGCGCGCGCGCCAGGGCUGCGAGGCGCUCAUGAACAAGUUCGGUUUCCAGUGGCCCGAGCGCCUGCGCUGCGAGCACUUCCCGCGCCACGGCGCGGAGCAGAUCUGCGUGGGCCAGAACCACUCGGAGGACGGCGCGCCCGCGCUGCUCACCACAGCGCCGCCGCCCGGUCUCCAGCCGGGUGCGGGCACUCCGGGCGGCCCGGGCGGCGGCGGCUUGCCCCCGCGUUACGCCACUCUGGAGCACCCGUUCCACUGCCCGCGUGUCCUCAAGGUACCAUCCUAUCUCAGCUACAAGUUCCUGGGGGAGCGCGACUGCGCGGCGCCCUGCGAGCCAGCGCGGCCCGACGGCUCCAUGUUCUUCUCGCAGGAGGAGACGCGCUUCGCACGCCUUUGGAUCCUCACCUGGUCGGUACUGUGCUGCGCUUCCACCUUCUUCACCGUCACCACGUACCUGGUGGACAUGCAGCGCUUCCGCUACCCCGAGCGGCCCAUCAUCUUUCUGUCCGGCUGCUACACUAUGGUUUCGGUGGCCUACAUCGCAGGUUUCGUGCUCCAGGAACGCGUGGUGUGCAACGAGCGCUUUUCCGAGGACGGCUACCGCACAGUGGUGCAGGGCACCAAGAAGGAGGGCUGCACCAUCCUGUUCAUGAUGCUGUACUUCUUUAGCAUGGCCAGUUCCAUCUGGUGGGUCAUCCUGUCGCUCACAUGGUUUCUGGCGGCGGGCAUGAAAUGGGGCCACGAGGCCAUCGAGGCCAACUCGCAGUACUUCCACUUGGCGGCGUGGGCCGUGCCGGCGGUCAAGACCAUCACUAUCCUGGCCAUGGGCCAGAUUGACGGCGACCUGCUGAGCGGCGUGUGCUUCGUGGGCCUCAACAGCCUGGACCCGCUGCGCGGCUUCGUUUUGGCGCCGCUCUUCGUGUACCUGUUCAUAGGCACGUCCUUCCUCCUGGCUGGUUUCGUGUCACUCUUCCGCAUCCGUACCAUCAUGAAGCACGACGGCACCAAGACGGAGAAGCUGGAGCGGCUCAUGGUGCGCAUCGGCGUCUUCUCAGUGCUUUACACGGUGCCCGCCACCAUCGUCAUCGCCUGCUACUUCUAUGAGCAGGCCUUCCGAGAGCACUGGGAGCGCUCGUGGGUGAGCCAGCACUGCAAGAGCCUGGCCAUCCCGUGCCCGGCGCACUACACGCCGCGCAUGUCGCCCGACUUCACUGUCUAUAUGAUCAAAUACCUCAUGACACUCAUCGUGGGCAUCACGUCUGGCUUCUGGAUCUGGUCCGGCAAGACGCUGCACUCGUGGAGGAAGUUCUACACCCGCCUCACCAACAGCCGGCACGGCGAGACCACCGUGUGAGGGGGCGCCGCUGCGCCGUGUCCCCAGGCUGGGUCUCACCCUGCUUUCCUCCGCCCUGGGGGGCUCCUACAGACUCCUUAUUUUAUUUUUUUAAAUAAAGAACAAUCGAAACCA